CAGAAAAUACCAUACCAUCACGUAUUUAAAUGUGUCACAGGUGACCUACUCGGUCUUCUUCCAGCAGACAUGAUCGACUUGCAUAAGGCGUCGGUGUUCCAUGAUAUUUUGUCGCCCUUUUAAGAUCAUUGUAACGUCAGAUAGAGGCGUCAAGCUAGCGAAAAGUAGCUAUAGCAAUUUCAAAACAAACGCGCGGCGGUUUGGAGUUUUAGAUAAACGCGUACGCGACCACCGUACAAAGAAUACAAAACCAAGACUUUUGAUUGUGGUUAAUUUUACCAUAGUAGUCGUUAUUUGUUUUGUUUAUUUUUAUUUUUUGGCUGUGUGAUUUAUUUUGAAGGCAACCGGAAAUGCUUGGUGAUUUAACUACAUCGAUAGAGAUUGUCAAAGCUCGACCCGUCUGUACUGCAGAGACACGGCUUUUUGACAAGAAAAAAUAGUUUCUUUUGCUUUAGGUGCGACAGGUAUCACUUCCAUCAUGGCACCGCUGGCUCUCCACAGUGUUUCUCGGCGCGAGACGGAGCAGAGGGGAGGAAACACACGCUAAGUGGAAGUAAAUGGCUGUUCUUCGUUUGGAGAUGCAGCCUAAAUAUCGUGUAUCUUCUUGCUAGAGUUCAGCAUGCCGAAGGAACAGCCUUGCUUGAACGAGCACAGUCCUUGUGCUGCAUCCAGCAAGAAUGCUAAAGAUAAGAGCAACAGCACGACUCUGCUGGCAAUACGUGACACGAGAGACGCAGACAAUUCUGGCGGACGGGGCUCCCGCUGCAGCUCGGAAAAAGACUCGGGUUAUUCUGAUGGUUCAGACUGGCACCACACAGAUGUAGAGGACCAGCUGAGGAAAAAAAGCCAGUCCAAAGCCAGCGACCAUGCAGGAACUUCACAACCAAGCCAAAACCAAGACGUUGGCCAAAGGGAUCUUGGGAGUUCUACCUUUUUGCCUGCAGGGCAUGACCACACACCGAUCUACAUCAUCAAAGACAUGCCGGGUCAGCUCCUCUGGAGACCUGGUGUCAGGAAGAUCAGUCAUUCUGGCUCUGCACAUAUGAUACUUUUACAGCAGCCUAGCUUGUUGCCGACCAGCUUCCAGCACGACAGGUCAUCCUCCCUGAAUUCUAAUAGCACAGGGAAGAAAAAUGAUACUCACCUACCCAUUCUUAAAUCUUACCCCCGCAUUGCGCCACAUCCCAGCAAGAAGCCAUCUGAUAAAGCUUCAGUGAACCAUGAAUCCCAGAAUAUCAGCAAGAGGUCGUGCACGGGACACAAAAAUGAUGACACGCCUGUGACCAGAGGCCUAACGGAGCAGCACCUUCAUAAACUACCUAAGCUGUCCGUCUCAGUCUCUGACCUGUCGUGUUCCUCUUCAACCAGAGAUAGUGUCUCUUCCUUUAGUCUCACUUCUGCUUCCAUGAGCCAGGGAUCCCCGUCUGUCUCCAGCUUUAACAGCAUGUCCCCCUUCCUCACCACUAAAGGCAAAAACACCACUAGUAGCGCUCGUCACCGCCGUUUCCUCAACACGGUGGAAAUCCUCCGACAGUCGGGUCUGUUGGACAUUACAUUGCGUACAAAGGAGCUGCUGCGCCAAAGCAACUCUACAGAGCGGGACAUCUCCCAGUUGCGCCAGCACACGGAGCUGCUGUGCCAGGCAGCCCACAACCCAGGCUGCAGCUUGGACGGGAUCGCGUCCUGGGAACACCUACAUCGAGCCAUGGCUGUUUCGGGCAACUACCCCGACCUCUCAGUCCUGCAGAAUUUUCAAAUCCCGUCCCGUCCGGAUUCUGCCAAUCACCCAGAGAGUAUUUCCACGCACGGUGGCGACCGGGCGCAAGCUGCUGAGGACUCAGAAAUGCCGCCUUGCCUUCUCGCCACUGCACCAGAUCAGAACUGUCCUGCGCCACAGCAGUCUCACUCGGUACGGGGCAGGAAGCUCGAGACCGGCUAUAAACCCUCGGAUAAAGUCACCCUCAUGUCCCCUGACAGUUCUACAGGUUAGCGCGUCUGCUGUGCCUUCAAAGAGUAAGCAGGUAGUCAUGGCUACCCAGCGGGUAGUACGUGUGGUUUUAAUAAUUAUUUAAAUCUAGUGUUUUUAGGGGUUGUGCAAAAUGUCUCUGGAGGUUUAAAAAAAAAAUUAAAAAAUCCAGCAAAUCUCUCAGUGCUGCUCAGUACUUAAUGUACAUGUCAUAGUUUGGUUAGAGAUUUGAUUGCUGAUCCCUGAUUAAUGCAGUAAAGUGUCAUUCAAUCCAGAGGCACCAUCUUAUGUUACCACUGCAGGCCUUAUGGAACCACACAGAUAAGCAGAGGAUCUUGCCUUGCGAGCCACUUAAAAGAUUUUGUGAAAAUAAAGUGUGUUUCCCCAGAGGGCGGGAGGGGGUGGCUUACACGCGGGUGGCACUCGAUACAGCGAUGAAAGCUGAAGUGUAUAUAUUAUCAGUUCUGUUGGCCAUGUUAGGCCGGCCAGCCACUUUCAGGGAAAAUAUGAAUAAGUCCAUCUUCCUGGAGAUAAAUGUGGGGAUAAAAUGGUGAGCUGGGAGUCCGAACAGGGUGAGAAACAAGAAAUGUGCCUUCAGCCUCCCAGAAAAAUGGCACUAAAGGGAAACCAACUCCACCUGAGGCACAACUUUAAUUUGCGUCGCAAACUGCACUACACUGGGCUCCUGCAACUAUUUCUAUCCAAGUGCUUUUCAGCUAAGCCUUAAAACUCUUUUUCACUUUGUAUUAUUUUCAUUAUCACAUCACAGACUGUUCUGACUCAUUGAAAUCAGCACAGCAAACAAAUAAAUUCAGCACCUCCUCUUCAAAAAUAAUACCAUAUUAUUCUUUCUUGCAGAAUAUUGUUGGCUGCUUUCACUUUAAUGAUGUUCUUGUCUUCUGUUUCAAUUUUCUAUUUUUUUUGUAUUUUUUUUUUUCAUAACAGGCUCGGCUUUCAUUGUGAAUUUGAAAAUGUGAUAAGUUUAAGUAUAAAACUAUGCUGACUGUUUUUUUUUUCCUGUUUCUUCAUUCUUGUGCCUAUGACAGGCAGCGGCGUCAGCAUCGCACAUGUCUGACAUUUAAAGUUGUUUAUACAGUGUAUUUUUCAUAACUCUAAGCUAUUUAAAUAAAGCAAUAUUUGAAAAUUUGA